AAGCCGCAACAAUUCAAAAUGGCACUUUUUGUUAUUGCAGGAAAAUGUGACUGUCCAUUUUAUGCACGAAUUGAACUCUUAGCAGAUAAACUGUCGUUAAAUCUACCCAAUUUUAGAGUAACAAAAAUUGUUAAGCAACCAGAAGAGUGGAAGGAGUUCAUUGAAUGGGUUAAAGAAAAGCAUGGUUGGCUUGUAAAGAAUCACCUGUUGUAUGGAGAGAAUUGGUUGAUCAAGGAGGGAAAGGUAUUCUUAUUGGUGGUGCAAAUAAAUUUCAAGAACUAUUGGCUGCUUAUUAUGGUGAACAGAGCUCGAUGGUUACCGAAGAAAUGUUGCAAAUAAUGAAUGACAAUAUACGUUAUAAGAAUGAAAAGGAUCAAGAAAAGCAAACAGAAAUUAAUAACACCAUACCUCCAUCAAAUGUUAUUAUUAUUGGUGCAUGUACACCAGUGACUAGUGGGUUUCUUAAAAGUGUUUUGAAUGGAGAGAUUUUUGGUGAUAAGUUAAUAGAUAUAUACCUAUAUGAUGAGGCUGGAGAUAGUCAAGUUUUGUUUGAAAUUAGUGAUGAACUCAAAGAGUCAGCAUUCGACAAACUCAAUAAUGUAUUCAUUGUGAAUAACAUUGAUGAUUGUCUCACAAAUGCAGAACAAAUAAUUAUUUUGGAUGUGGUUCCGCGAAAGCAUCUUUCUGGUGAAACUGAUAGAACAGAAGAAGAUGAAUGGGAACCAAGAGAUCAAUGGCUUAGACGUAGAUAUUUAUAUUUUAAUGAACUUGGGAAAAAGGUAAAAGAAAAGUGUCCCAAUUCUGUACGGAUUCUAAUAGCUGGUAAUUUAGGAUUAGACAGAUCAUCCUUACAAACAGCAUCACCAUUAUGUUUUGAUGUGACGGCAUUUUAUGGAGGAGCUUCAGCAAAAAUACCAUCAUCACAAAUAGUUGGUCUAGUAAAACCGAUGGAACUGCGGAUAAGAGCUACAGUAGCCAACCAUUUAAAAGUUCGCACGUGUGAUGUUACAGAAGUUGUGGUUUGGGGAAACAUAGGUGGAUCAGUGUUUGUAGAUUUAUCUCGUUGUUGUGUGUCUCAUAGAAGAGAUAUUGAUGCCGGUAUUGUUGGCGGGUCCUUCCUACGACUUCCAGCAAUAAGUGUUGCUGAAAAUCCAAAAUGGCUACAGACAGAACUAGUGAAUGUAUCAUUGAAAGAAAACAGUAUGAAACAACCAAAAUACGUGGGACUACUCUACGGGAAUUCUAUAACCGAAUUCUUAAAAGAAACUUGGAACACUACUCCAAAUAGCGAUUAUCAAAUCACUUCACUUGUUAUGAUAUCAAAAGAGUGGUAUGGAGUUCCACAAGGAAUCGCAUUUUCAUUUCCCGUUAUGUGUAACUCUAACGGUAGCUGGUCCAUUGUAGAAGACAUGCCUAUGACAGCAGAAAGUGAAGCUCAAUUAAGAACUUGCAUUCAAAGUAUUCUCGAGGAUUGGGCAAUCGCUGAUCCUCUACCAUUGGAAGAAUUUAUAAAAGGAAAAAAGCCAGAAGAAAUCAAAGACGAUGAAUAUGAGGCACAAAAUACCGAAGAACUUUAAAAAAUAAUUCAACGAAAAACAAAAUAAAAGUGACACUGCCUUAAAACUGAAAAUAAAAGAUUAUUUUCC